AUUGGUCCCCCUAUAGCAACUGUGACCGCUGACUUUUCCUCGUGAGAAUCCCAAUUCCCAGCCAAACAGGUCAAAAUUCACCAAAAUCAUGGUGGAAUUUCCGUCACCCAAAGCGUGGGAUUUGAAUUUCCUGAUCCAGUUUACAUAUAAAACUCCCAUAAGCUUCUCCAUAAACGGCAUGAAUGAGACACCUUGUUACCAUGUCUAAGCCAAGAAUUCCUUCCCAAUUCUCCCCCACUAACAGGACAUCAAAAUCCACCACCUUUUUACUCCCUCUGCUCUUCUCCUUCCUGCUUGUUCUGUCUCAUGGAUCCUUCACAACAGCUGAAACCGUAACCGUAAAUAUCGGUGCGGUUAUCAAUGCAGAUUCUCGGAUUGGCAAAGAACAGAAAGUGGCCAUGGAAAUAGCAGUUGAGAAUUUCAACAACACUUCAACACAGCACAAGCUAUCCCUCCACUUCCAGGCCCCUGGCAGAGACCCCCUCCAAGCAGCUUAUGCUGCAGAAGAGCUGAUCAAAGAGAAGCAAGUCCAAGCACUCCUCGCCGCAACGACAUGGCACCAAUCAGCUCUACUCGCCGACGUCGGCACCCGAGCCCAAGUCCCCGUCCUCUCUCUCUCCGCUGCCGCCGUCACCCCGCCGCUAGCCCAGCUCCGGUGGCCAUUCUUGGUCCAACUCGCCUCCAACGCCUCCCACCAAGUAAACUGCAUUGCAUCCAUUCUAAAAUCCUACAAGUGGAAAAGGGUCAUCGCCAUCUACGAAGACGACGCCUAUGGCGGCGACUCCGGCAUGCUCUCUCUCUUAUCCGAAGCACUCCAGAGCUCUGGUUCUGUUAUCGAGCACAGUUUGGUUUUUCCACCACUUUCUUCUGUUUCUAACCCGGAUGGGUUUGUCCGUGACGAGGUUGCAAAGUUGUUGGUGAAAAAAUCAAGAGUCUUUAUUGUUCUUCAAUCUUCUUUGUCGUUAGCAACUCAUUUGUUCAGAGAAGCUAAUGGGUUAGGUUUAGUGGGGAGGGACUCUGUGUGGGUAGUCACAGAAUCAGUUUCUAGUGUCUUGGAUUCAGUUGACACUUCUGUUAUUUCCACUAUGCAAGGUGCUCUAGGAAUUGACGGGGUUUAUUCCGAGAGUGGAGAGUCUUUUGACAAGUUUAGAGGCAAAUUCAAGGGAGUUUUCCGGGCGGAGUAUCCGGAGGAGUUCAGUUACGAGCCGGGAAUUCAUGCUUUACGCGCGUAUGAUAGCGUUUACGCAAUCGCACAUGCUAUAGAGAAAACGAGUAGUAGUAAUAGGACUCAGAAAAUGCUUCUCGAGAGCAUUUUAUCUAGCAAUUUCGCGGGUUUGAGCGGUGAGAUACGGUUUGAUGGCGGGGAGUUAUUGCAACGAAUUCCCGUUUUCAGAAUCGUAAAUGUGAUCGGGAAGAGGUAUAACGAGCUUGGUUUUUGGUCAUCUGAUCUUGGUUUCAGAGAGGAAAACACAAGUAGUUAUGGUAGUGAGAGCAUGGAAGCGUGGAGUGACUCGGUGCAUUGGCCUGGAAAACUAAGAGGGGUACCAAAGGGAUGGGUAAUGCCUACGGUAGCAACGCCGUUGAGGAUUGUGAUCCCUGGAAAUUCUUCUUUUGAGAAAUUUGUGAAGGUGGUAUGGAGCGACGCUUUCGGGAAGGGGUAUUCUGCACCUUCCGGUUUCUGCAUCGAUGUUUUCCACGCGGCGUUGAGUGUUUUGCAGCUGAGUUAUUCUCUUCCGUAUGAGUUUUAUCCGAAGAACGAUACAUAUGAAGCGCUGGUCGAGAGUGUCAUCAACAAGACCUACGAUGCAGUCGUUGGUGAUAUAACAAUACUGGUGAACCGAUCGAGAUACGUGGAAUUCACGCAGCCUUUUGCCGAGUCUGGGUUGUCGAUGGUAGUUCCGGCAAAACCCGAUGAGUCUAAGGCAUGGAUGUUCAUGAAGCCAUUCACUAAGGAAAUGUGGACGGUGACUUUUCUAGUGAUGGUCUACACCAUGGUCAUUGUUUGGUUCUUGGAACAUCAAUCCAAUCCAGAAUUCAGAGGACCCUGGAAGGAUCAACUCAGCACUGCCCUUUGGUUCACCUUCUCUUCCCUUUUCUUUGCUCACAGAGAGAAGAUUCAGAGCAACUACACAAAAGUGGUGGUGGUGGUGUGGCUCUUUGUUGUGUUUGUGGUGACUUCAAGCUACACAGCCAGUCUCACUUCCAUGCUCACUGUCCCGCUUCUGCAGCCAACGGUGACGGACAUCGAGUGGCUGAGGAGGAGCAAUGCCACAGUCGGCUGCGAUGGUGAUUCGUUUGUGAAGGAUUACCUGAGGAAUGUACUUCAUUUCGAAAACGUAAUUGAAGUUGGGAACCAAGAAAAUUACCCCAAGAAGUUCAAGAGUGGCAAUAUCACAGCAGCAUUUCUUGAACUACCAUAUGAAAAAGUUUUCCUCAAGGAGUACUGUGACGAGUACACUGCCACUGGACCAGUCUACAGAUUUGGGGGAUUUGGCUUUGCAUUCCAGAAAGGUUCUCCGAUAGCCACCGAUUUCUCUGAAGCCAUUCUGACCAUAUCAGAAAAUGGAGACCUAAAAAGGUUGGAGGAAAGGUGGUUCAACCAGUUAACAAGUUGUUCGAACUACAACUCCACCACCACAGAAGUUGAUAGCCUAGGCCUCCAAAGCUUCUGGGGCCUAUACCUCAUCUCAGGCGCCACUUCCACCCUCUGUUUUCUGUUUUUCCUUGUUCGUGUAAUCAAGAAAUAUUGCGAUAGCUUUCGAGGAAAUCCAGGGACAAUGACUCCAAGUAGAAAGGGAGCUUGGAACAGAAUGGCAAGAUUUGUGCGGUUUUUGCGUAACGGAGGAAUUAGGUCUCCGGCAAGAGCUCCAAGCAUUGGUCGGACACAGAAUCUAGGUGUAAGGGACUCUAUGAAGUGGGAAUUGGUUAGCCCUUCGGAAAUUUCAGAUGAUCAUUUACAGGGCCCAAGACCACCUGAAAUUAAAAUUCCCAUAAGGAGUGAAUAAUUUCUAGUGCCUGGAUGAAGACCGGAAGGACUAUGGAAACCGUAGAAAGACAAAUUAUUUCUGAUGUUUAUAGGUAUUGUUGAUCGCAUACGGAAUUUUGUACUAAGUAUAUAACUGUAUAUACCUUGCU